AUGAUCGGUGGCGAGCUUUUUGGCAGCAGCAGCAGCAGCAGUAGCAGCAGCAGCAGCAGUAGCAGCAGCAGCAGCAGUAGCAGCAGCAGCAGCAGUAGCAGCAGCAGCAGCAGCAGUAGCAGCAGCAGUAGCAGCAGCAGCAGCAGCAGCAGCAGUAGCAGCAGCGGCAGCAACAGCAGUAGCAGCAGCUCACCGCGCCUGAUGAAGAGCGAAGCCUCAGCAUCGAAGCCAUUCCAGGGCGAUGGCGAGAGCCACACAAAAAGAAAAAAUACAGCAGCAGCAGCAGCAGCAGCAGCAGAUGCUGCUGCAGCAGCAGCAGCAGAUGGUUGUGGUGGGUGGAGAAGCAGCAAUAUACACUGCAGCAGCAGCAGCAGCAGCAGCAGCAGCAGCAACAGGAGUCGUCGUAGUUGUAGCAGCAACAACAGCAGCAGCAGCAGCAGCAACAGUAGUGGUAGCAGCAACAAACACACAACAGCAGCAGCAGUAGCAGCAGCAGCAGCAGAAACAGCAGCAGAAGCUGCAGCAGCAGAAGCAGCCGUAGCAGCAGCGGCUGCAGCGAAGGCUUCAGCAGCAGGAGCAGCAGCAGCAGCAGCAGCAGCAGCAGCAGGAGCAGCAGCAGCACCUCAACCGCGCCAUUAUCAGCAACGCAACCUGCAGCAGCAGCAGCAGCAGCAGCAGCAGCAGCAGCGGCAGCAGCGGCAGCAGGAGGAGAAGGAGGUGCAGCAGCAGCAACAGCAGCAACAGCAGCAGCAACAGCAGCAGCAACAGCAGCAGCAACACCAGCAGCAGCAACAACAACAGCAGCAACACCAGCAGCACCAACAGCAACACCAGCAGCAGCAGCAACAGCAACACCAGCAGCAACAGAAACAGCAACACCAGCAGCGGCAACACCAGCAGCAGCAACAGCAACACCAGCAGCAACAGCAGCAGCAGCAGCAGCAGGAGAAAUUACUUUUUUGA